AUGUCGUCCGCGGUCCCUCCGGCGGCCCCGGCCGCGUCUCUCCGGCAGCGGCUCCCGCCACUGCCUCCUCAGACCCCCCCGGUGGGGCGGUCGUCGUCCGCGCCCUCGCCCCCGCCCCCCGUCAACUCAGGCCCCGCGUCUUCCUCUUUUCCUCCGGCUCCUCUCGCGUCUCCGCCGGGUGUCAGCGGCCCGCAGCCUGGCUUCGCGCCGCCGCCGCACUACCCCCCCACGCACGGGCUCAAGGCACCGGCGGUGAAGCCGCCAGCCGCGCCUCCGUCAGGCCCCGUGGGGGCGGGGUCAACUCGAGUGGCGCCGCCGCCGUCCAGCGAGGCCGCGUCCCCCCGCGCGUCGUCGCUGGACGGCGCAGAGGGACAGCAGGCGCCGCUCACCAACGGGGUCGGCUGCCUGCCGUCGAGCGUUCGCCUCGAGAGAGACUCGCGGCGGGACGUGGCGGCGGCGGAGGGCGGUGGUGGCGGCCGGGGCAGGGAGGCGCAGGGCGCGCGGCCCCGCGUCAAGCCUCUCAAGCUCCCGGCGCGCGUCGCCUCCCUCCCGCCGCCCUCUGCCGCUGUGCGUCUGAGUGUUAAGUUGGGACAGCGUCAACUGGAGCAGUCGGGCGAGAACGGGACUUACGUGGCUGCAGCCGCGUGGAUGAGAGCCACGGAGGCUGCGCGGCUGCUGCUGGGGGAGCCCCGCGCCGGCGGCGGCUCGGGGGUCCCGACGCCCGCGGCGGCCGACGGUCGCGGGGGGGGGGGGCUGCGGGGCGCGGGGACCCCCCAGGCAGGAGGCUUAUCGCGAGCGGCUAAGCGCGUGAGCGCCGCGCAGUCUGACGCGCCGGAGGGCAGCGCGGCGGCUGAAGCGGAGGAAGAAGCCAAGAAGCUGCACGCGGCGGAAGUCGAAGAGCUGCAGCGGAGGCUCGCCGAGCAAGAGCGGCGCGCGGCCGAGCAGGUCAGCGAGCUGGAGGCCCGUGAGCGGGAGCUUCGCGGGCGCCUCCAGGCCCUCGAGACCCAGGUGCUGCAGGCCCAGCGGCGGAGUUCCCCCAGCAAGGGGGUGAGUGAGCUCUUCGCCGCGCAGCAGCAGCUGCAGCAACUGAGGCAGGAGCACUGCGAGCUGCAGCGGCGCGAACAGGAGCUCGUCGAGAAAGAGCGCGACCUGCAACUCCAACUCGAGCAGCACCAGAAACAACUCGAACAGCUCCACCAGGAGGUCAGGGACCUUCAGCAGAGGCCCGCGGAGGAACAGUCGUCGACCGCGUCCUCGCUGAACGGGCUCUCCAAGCCGCUCGCGCCGCACGACGCAGCAGGGACCGCCGCGUCCCGUGAGGUCGCGCGGCUCGAACGAAGGGUCAGGGAUCUGGAGCAACUGCACCGGGAGACUGAGGAGAGAGACGCCAUGCGGAUUCGCGCGCUGGAGGAAGAGAACAGAUUGCUCAAGAGAAGUGCAAACUUUUCGGCGUCGGGAAGCAGCCACGGCGCAGGCCGCUCGCUCGCGCUCUCGGGGGCGCCCUUCGAGCUCCGCACUCUGCAGCAGCUGCAGGAAAAACUCCAGCGGCUGAGACAGCAGCACCAGCAGAUUCCGAACGAAGGCGCCGGCGCGGCGCGGGGGGCUGCGAGCGACGCAGAACGCGACGGAGACGCACCCCCUGGGGGGCACGACGCUGAGCAAGAAAGUGCCGCAGCGGUCUGGGACGCCUUCGAGGCGCUGCUGCAGAAACUGGUCGCCGCGCAAGAAGUGCAGGCGACGCUGGCUGGGGGCCUGGGGGCAGGGGCCCCCGCAUGGGGCGGCAUCUCGAGGCAGCGCAGUCUCAGUCGGUGCAGCAGCGCGAGUCGGCUGACGGCGCCGCCUCUGCCUCCUGGGGCGCGGGAGCACGUGAGUGCGGCGUUGACCGCCUCGGCCUCCGGAGGCGCGCCAGGGGGGAUCGCGGCGCCGUUCAACUCCGGCGGCGGUCGCCUUCUGCCGCCGACGCCUUCUGCGUGCUCCAUGAUUUCAGACAGCAUCGCGCGCAGCAGCGUGGGACGCCGCGCGAUGAACGCGGGCGUCAUCGCCGCCGCGGUUCAGCAAGUUCAGCAGGCCGUCGCGAAGAGCCUCGAAAGCGACUCUGCGGCGCGACAAAAGGCCGCAGACCUGCGAAACUUCCACAGGAAAAGCUUCAGUGAACUCACCUCUAGACUGGCGGGAAACGUUGCCGUGGCGCAGUCCCUCACGGGCUCGCGGUGUCGCACGCCAGCGUCGCCCAGUCACCUGAGCGUCACCUCGACUGCGCCGAUGCUGCCUCACCACGCGUCUCCCCUCGCCGAGUCGCCGCCGCCUGACAGCUGCACCACACCGGCGUCCUCUGUCCUCGUCUCUGCGGCCGCCUCGCUGGCGGCGCCGCAGAGUGGCGAGCCACAGCCUGAUAGCGGCGACGACGCGUCCUCUGGGCGACUGGGAUACCAGCCAGCAGCGGAGGGCGGGGGCCGCUCUUCAGAAACCGCCCCUCCGGCGCCGCCGUGCAUGCAGCCCGCGCCCUCGGUCAGCCCGCCGUCGCGUCCGCUGCGAGACAGCCCCCCGUCGCAGCCUCCGCUCGAGGCUCUCUUUGCGCCGCAGACACCCGACUCCACGCUGCCUGCUGGAGUUCGAGGCGCGAGCCGUGAACAGGGUGCGAAGAGUGGAGUGGAUGACGCGGGCGACGGGCUCGGUGCGGCCCCAGGGGCGGGGCGCCGAGGCGGGGAGCCCGAGGCGCAAGCUGGCGAGGCAGUUCGCUGCGGAUCGCUCCCUGGGCUGACUCGCGGCGGCGAGGCGGGUCCUUUCGCAGAUGCUGCAGCGUCUCCACUGCCACUGACGCCGCGGGAGUUUGCCGCGCCGACGGCGCCGUCGCCCGCUCGGCCGGUCACGCCCGUCACCCCGGUCGCCCCCGUUGGGGCUCCAGUCCUGCAGAGUCCGUUCGGUGCGAGUCCGCCGGCUUCUGUGCCGCUGCAGCAGCCCUUCCAGGCUCCGACCGCGGGGCGGUACCCUGCGGGGCCCUUGGCGUCGCCAGGGUGCUCGCCGAGCGUCGCAGGGCACUCUUGCCGAUCGAGCCAAGAGCUGUUCGGGGUCGCGCCCCCCACGUCGCCGGUUCCAGUCCCUCCAGCGGCUGCCGCCCCGCGGUCGCUUCAAGCGAUUCCGGCCUUCGCCUCUCCCCCGCUUAGCGGGCCUGCGACCGCCGGCGCGGCGCCAGCGGCUGGCGAGAGGCGGGGAAGUCAACCGACCGUGGAAGGAGCGCCGAGCUCGGCGGAGCCGGCUGCUGCGCAGGAAGCCGCGGCUUCUUCGUGGCCUGUUUUUGACCGGCACGGCAAUCGCCAGGGCUGCGUGGAAGGCCCCGUCCCUGGCGGCGAGGUCUCCCAAGAGGGAUCCCUGCCGCUUGAGAAGACUGUGACCCCCGGCGCGGCAUGUCGCGUGUUGCCGACGACGCCUUUCAUGGCAAGAGAGCCGCAGAGCGGGUCCGGCACCGCGCCCACUGGCUCCUUUUGUGAGGGGCCUGGACAGGCCGGCACAGCCGUGCACGCGUCCAUGAAACUCGGGCAAGCGCCCACCCCGCCGCCGGCUGUUUCGCACCCGCUCGGCGCCGGCCCUGUGGCGGUGCUGCGUCCCCCCCAGGGGGGGAGUCUAGUGCCUGGUCUUGGCGUGGGCUACCCCCCGCAGGCGCCUGGAUUCGACGCAGGGGCGUCCCCCGCGGCCUCGGCGCAUCUGCCGCUCGCGGGAGCUUCGCCGCCGGCGUCCGCGCCGGUCUCGAGUUCCGUCGGGACUAUUCUGGGGGCUCCAGGGGUAGCAGCGCCCGCGCCUGCGCCGCCGGUGGGAGGCGUUGAGGAGGGAGCAGAGGGCAAAGGAUUCUGGGACGAGGAUGACUUCGAUGAAUGGAACAUUGACGACGCGCCGACGCAGACGCGGCCGGAUGCCGAUGCGCCCGAGGACCCGUGGCAAGCUGCGCCGGCUAGUCAGCCUGUGGGUCAGCUCCGACCCGGGCCGUCUCCAGCUAGCCGGCCCCCUUUCAACAGCUCCAGCGCCCCUCCGCCGAUGCCGGCGAAGCUUAUGGGGACUCUCUCCUCCCCACCGAACGGGUUCGAGCCGCGCCACGGCGCAUCUGUCGGAGGAUGGAAUGGCCUCGCCCACACGCCGCAGCCAGUCGCGGGACCCUACAGCGCGAGACUCACAACGCACAUGCAGCAACGCCCAAACAGCGCCGGGCACCGUCCUAUUGAAGAUCUCUUCAGCUAA